ACACAGUCACAGUACGUUUUAAGCCUUUCCCCCUGCAUCCACAUCGUUCUCAUCGAAAACUCAUCACUCCAUCUUCCCUUCUCCGCCACACCCCACCCCCCACCACCCACCCCCACCAUAACCAUAACAAUGCAAGCUCUUCAAUCUUCAUCCCUCCGCCCAUCUCCACCCACCCAUCCAUUCCUCAAAUCCACCACCCACCAAUUCACCAAUGUAAAUCCAUUGAAACCCAAAAAACUCACUCCAUUUAUCUCAGCUUCAUCAGCUCCCACGCGCGAGAAAGACCCGAAGAAGCGCGUGGUCAUAACUGGGAUGGGCCUUGUUUCUGUUUUUGGCAAUGACGUUGAUGCUUACUAUGAUAAAUUAUUAGCUGGUGAAAGUGGGAUUAGUCUAAUUGAUCGAUUUGAUGCCUCGAAAUUCCCAACCAGAUUUGGUGGACAAAUUAGAGGGUUUAAAGCUGAAGGUUAUAUUGAUGGUAAAAAUGAUAGAAGGCUUGAUGAUUGUCUUAGGUAUUGCAUUGUUGCUGGUAAAAAAGCUCUUGAAAAUGCCGAUCUUGGUACUGACAGAGAUAAAAAGAUCAAUAAGGAGCGAGCUGGUGUUUUGAUAGGAACAGGAAUGGGUGGUCUUACAGUUUUUUCAGAUGGCGUCCAAGCCUUAAUCGAAAAGGGUCACAGGAAAAUUUCUCCAUUUUUUAUACCAUAUGCCAUAACAAACAUGGGUUCGGCCUUGCUUGCAAUUGAUGUUGGUUUCAUGGGACCAAACUAUUCAAUUUCAACUGCUUGUGCUACCUCCAACUAUUGUUUCUAUGCUGCUGCAAACCACAUUCGUCGCGGUGAAGCUGAUUUGAUGAUAGCUGGUGGAACUGAAGCUGCCAUGAUUCCCAUUGGAUUAGGAGGUUUUGUCGCAUGCAGAGCUUUGUCUCAAAGAAAUGAUGAUCCACAAACUGCUUCUAGACCGUGGGACAAAGAUAGAGACGGCUUUGUUAUGGGAGAGGGAGCUGGAGUUUUGGUGAUGGAAAGUUUGGAGCAUGCAAUGAAACGAGGAGCACCCAUAAUUGCAGAAUAUUUGGGUGGUGCAGUAAACUGUGAUGCUUAUCACAUGACUGACCCCAGAGCUGAUGGACUUGGUGUUUCUUCAUGUAUUCUUAGCAGCCUCGAAGAUGCUGGAGUGUCACCAGAAGAGGUUAAUUACAUAAAUGCUCAUGCAACUUCCACCAUAGUUGGUGAUCUAGCUGAGGUAAAUGCUGUUAAGAAGGUAUUCAAGAACCCUUCAGAGAUCAAAAUGAAUGCAACCAAGUCCAUGAUAGGCCAUUGCCUGGGUGCUGCUGGUGGCCUGGAAGCUAUUGCAACAGUUAAAGCCAUUACAACUGGCUGGCUGCAUCCUUCCAUAAACCAAUUCAAUCCCGAGCCUUCAGUUGAGUUUGAUACCGUCGCAAACAAGAAACAGCAGCAUGAGGUCAAUGUUGCAAUAUCAAAUUCGUUUGGUUUUGGUGGUCACAACUCCGUUGUCGUUUUUUCUGCAUUCAAGCCCUGAUUUCAGCUUUAGUAUAGCAAGAGCAUCCUUCUGCUUCUGAGGCUUAAUUUAGUGUGACAUUGAGGCUGCUUCAUCUAAUCACAGCAAUUGCUAAGCAACUGCAAUUUAAGUUUUAAUUUUUUGGCUUUUUGUUCUUAGCGAUGAGUAUUUCAACUUUUGCUUGUCUUUUUUUACCUCUUUAGCUUAUUGGAUGUUUUCAAGGCACAGUUUUGAAUUAUGUAAGAGCUAUAAAAGACACAAUAGUCUUUUGAGAUUGAGAGAUUGUCAAACAUUGAUUUUCCCGUUCAUAGCAUUUUUUUGGUUUCUUGCUA